GCGCAGCUCCGCGGGCCUGGAGCGCGGCGGGGUCUUAAUAUGCCCAGACCCGAGGCGCGAUGAAGGAGAAGUCCAAAAAUGCGGCCAAGACCAGGAGGGAGAAGGAAAAUGGCGAGUUCUAUGAGUUGGCCAAGCUGCUCCCGCUGCCGUCGGCCAUCACCUCCCAGCUGGACAAAGCGUCCAUCAUCAGACUCACCACGAGCUACCUGAAGAUGCGCGCCGUCUUCCCGGAAGGUUUGGGAGAUGCAUGGGGCCAGCCCAGCCGGCCGGGGCCCCUGGACAGUGUUGCCAAGGAGCUGGGGUCUCACUUGCUGCAGACUUUGGAUGGAUUCGUUUUUGUGGUAGCGUCUGAUGGCAAAAUCAUGUACAUAUCUGAGACGGCGUCUGUGCAUUUAGGCUUGUCCCAGGUGGAGCUCACUGGCAACAGCAUCUAUGAGUACAUCCAUCCUUCAGACCACGACGAGAUGACGGCGGUCCUCACCGCCCACCCGCCCCUCCACCACCACCUGCUCCCAGAGUAUGAACUAGAGAGGUCCUUCUUUCUUCGCAUGAAGUGCGUCUUGGCGAAAAGAAAUGCAGGCCUGACGUGCAGCGGGUACAAGGUCAUCCACUGCAGCGGCUACCUGAAGAUCAGGCAGUACAUGCUGGACAUGGCCUUGUACGACUCCUGCUACCAGAUUGUGGGGCUGGUGGCCGUGGGCCAGUCGCUGCCGCCCAGCGCCAUCACCGAGAUCAAGCUGUACAGCAACAUGUUCAUGUUCAGAGCCAGCCUCGACCUGAAGCUCAUCUUCCUGGAUUCAAGGGUGACGGAGCUGACGGGCUACGAGCCGCAGGACCUCAUCGAGAAGACGCUGUACCACCACGUGCACGGCUGCGACACCUUCCACCUCCGCUACGCACACCACCUCCUGCUGGUGAAGGGCCAGGUCACCACCAAGUACUACCGGCUGCUGUCCAAGCUGGGCGGCUGGGUGUGGGUGCAGAGCUACGCCACGGUGGUGCACAACAGCCGCUCGUCCCGCCCCCACUGCAUCGUGAGUGUCAAUUAUGUCCUCACGGAUGUUGAAUACAAGGAACUUCACCUGUCGCUGGACCAGGUGUCCACUUCGAAGCCCCAGGACUCAUGGCGGACUGCCUUGCCUACCUCACAAGAAGCCAGGAAAUUAGCGAAACCCAAAAGUACAAAGAUGAAGACAAAGCUGAGAACAAACCCUUACCCCCCACAGCAGUACGGCUCGUUCCAAAUGGACAAACUGGAAUGCGGCCAGCUGGGAGACUGGAGGGCAAGCCCCCCUGCCCACGCCGGGGCCCCCCCAGAACAGCAGCCCUAUUCAGAAGGCGGGGAUCUCCUGUACGCGCCGUCCUACAGCCUGCCCUUCUCCUACCAUUACGGACCCUUCUCUCUGGACUCGCACGUCUUCAGCAGCAAAAAGCCGGUGCUGCCAGCCAAGUUCGGGCAGCCCCAGGGAUCCCCGUGCGACGUGGCCCGCUUCCUCCUCAGCACGCUGCCCGCCGGUGGCGAGUGCCAGUGGCACUAUGCCAACCCCCUAGUGCCUAGCAGCCCGUCCCCGGCUAAACACCUGCCCGAGCCUCCCGUGAACGCAACCCGGCACAGCCUCGUGCCCAGCUAUGAAGCCCCCGCCGCGCGCAGGUUCGGCGAGGACGCCGCGCCGCCCAGCUUCCCGAGCUGCGGCCACUUCGGCCAGGAAGCGCCGGGCUCCUCCAAGGCCGGGCGCCAGGCGGCCCGGGACGCGGCUCCCCGGGACGGGGCUCGGCUGGCGCCGGCUCGCGCGGCGCCGGACUGCUGCGCGCCCGCGGCCCCGGCCCGCGCGCCCCCGGCCCCCGAGCCCGCGCAGCUGCCCUUCGUGCUGCUCAACUACCACCGCGUGCUGGCGCGGCGCGGGCCGCUGGGGGGCGCGGCGCCCUCCGCCCCGGGCCUCGCCUGCGGCCCCGAGCCCGCGCCUGGCGCGCUGCGGCCCGGGCACCCGGACCCGGCCGCCGCCUCGCCACCCGGUGCCCCGCGGCCGCACUACCUGGGCGCCUCCGUCAUCAUCACCAACGGCAGGUGACCCGCCCGGCCACCAGCAGCAGCAGGUGACCCAUCACCAACGGCAGGUGACCCAUCACCAACAGGAGGUGACCUGUCCGGCCAUCACCACCAAACCUGCCCGUCCAGCAGCAGCAGGUGACCUGCCUGACCAUCACCACCGAGUCACGACCAAACCUGCCUGUCCAUCAUCACCAACGGCAGGUGACCUGUCAAUAUCACCACCGAGUCGCCACCAAACCUGUCCGCCAUUGUCACGAAUGGCAGGUGACCUGCCCAACCAUCACCACUGAAUCACCACCAAACCUACCCAGCCAUCAUCACCAGCAGUAGGUGGCCCACCCUGCCAUCACCACUAAACCUAUCUAGCCAUCAUCACCAAUGGCACGUGACCCAUUCAGCCAUCACCACAAAUGCAGGUGACCUUCCUAGCCAUCACCAAUGCAGGUGACGUGCCAGGCCACCACCACCAAACCUGCCCAGCCAUCGUCACCAAAUCUGCUGGGCCAUCACUGCCAAACCUGCCUGGCCAUCGCCAAACUGGCCGAGCCAUCAUCAUCAAUGCAAGUGAGCCGCCCGCUGGGUGCAGGGCAGAGCGCAGGGAGAAGCCAUAGGCCAGCCUUCCCUCCCUCGUUUCCAUCUCACCAGGUCCAGUGGGUGGAGAGGGGCAAGCUGUGUAUGCAUGAGAUGAAUUAAUUUAUACAGAGACAACUAUUUUAAUAGAACUCUACAGCUUUUUAGAACCUAAGAGGUCAUCCAUGCUGCCCGUGGAGAGGAUGGAGGCUGGGGAGAGGUUAACCACCCAACCUGGUUUCCCAGAGGAUUCAGCUCAAUACCCUCCUGUCCAAGCAGCAACCUCAGGUGACCCUGUCUCUGGGGGACACUGUUGCCCUCAGUCUGGAAUCACAGUUAAGGCAUCUUGCCUUGUCCUAAUGCCAAGUAACGGGAUUAGACUAGGCAGCUCUGCAAAUACACACCACUUCAGGAAACUGCAGGCCGGAAGGCCCCUUCCCUUGUUUUUGUGCUAGCCCUGGGGCUUGAACUCUGGGCUUAGGC